GUGAUAUUUGUUUCUGUGAGUGCGGUGCAGUUCUUUUCGUCCCCACAGAGAACCGACGAUGAAGAUCGGAUUGUGUUCGUUCAGUGGCUACAAAAUUUAUCCCGGCCAUGGGAAGCGGAUGGUCAAGACAGACGGGAAGACCUUCCACUUCCUGAAUGCCAAGUGCGAGGCAUCUCACAUGAUGAAGCGCAACCCACAAGGUGACGUGGACGGUGCUGUACCGCCGCAAGCACAAGAAGGGCCUGGAGGAGGAGACAGCCAAGCGGCGCACCAAGCCACGGCCAAGUUCCAGAGGGCCAUCGUGGGCGCCAGCCUCAACGACAUCAUGGCGAGGAGGAACAUGAAGCCCGAGGUGCGCAAGGCACAGCGGGAGCAGGCCAUCCGAGCAGCCAAGGAAAAGCAGAGGGCACAGAAGGCCCAGAAGAAGACCACCGCAACUCCGCUGACGAAGGUGGCUCAGAAGCAGAAGGCCAGCAAACCGAUCCAGAUGAAGGCCCCCCGAGUCGGAGGCAAGCGCUGAGAGCAAGAAGUGGGUCGUUAUUAAAAUGCUGUGUCUAUUCA